AUCUGCGGGCGCAAGAUUAUGUGAUACUGCUCGGGAACUGCCUGGAAAUCCGCGUAGAAACUCAUGUCCUUCGCCGCCAGCUCCCACUUCUGCAUCCCAAGCGAGAACUUCAGUCCCGGCACGAGACUGGAGGCGUCAAUCAAGUCCAGCGCGCCCUCGGACUCCUUCAACAGACGCAAAAUCACCGCCUCGUUCUCCACGGGAUUGAAGGAGCACGUGGAGUACACCAGACGCCCGCCGAUCGUCAGCAGCUCAGCGCCUCUCUUGGCUAUCCUGAACUGCACACCAUUGAGAUUCGUGUCGUGCGCGGGAUUCCACUUUGUCCAGAUGUCCGGAUUCUUGCGCAGCGUGGCGUCGCCACUGCACGGCACGUCGCAGAGAAUCCUGUUGAAUUGCAUGCUCUCCACUUUGCCCGUCUCCCGGAUCAUGCACUGCAAGUCCGGGAAGCCCUCGCUGUCCUCAGCUACUUCUACGAGUACAACAUUCCUCAGCAAAGGAUCUAUUCGCCGAGAAGAGCAGCAUUAUCCUGAAAUUAUGGAUCUCAUCGCAUACGACUAUCCGGGAAGCCGACAAACUGCCAAACUUCUACCGGCGCCACGACAAGGCGGCGGAGCGGAUUGCCGGCGCAGGGGGCGAUUGAGGAGGUGCUGCAGCACAAGGCGGACAGGCUCAGGGAAGUCGCAGCGAGGGCAAAAAUCAGACACAAAGCCGGGCGGCAACGCAACUCACAGGGAGUCGCACGACAUGUUCUUGUUGUCGCAGCGCACGAACACCUUCACGCCCGUGUUGAUGAUCUUCACGCGAUCGCCACUCAGCUACACAAUGUCACGAAUGGACUCGGAGCUGAAGUAG